AUGAAAAAUCGAGUUUUAGUUUCUUCAGAUUUGCUGAAAUAUACAUUCCCUAUAUUGCUACCUUCCAAAAAUGUAAUUGUAGAAAGAAUGAUCGAGCUAUUACACUUAGAACAUAAACAUACUGGAACACAAACACUUCUAAUGAUUUUAAGAGAAAGAGUUUGGAUUAUCAAAGGUAGAAAAACUAUACGUUCUGUGGUAAAAAGAUGUAUCACAUGCCAGAGAUAUGCUAUUAAGGCCUUAGAAGUACCUCUUCCUCCUUUACCUGAAGAAAGAAAAAAAUUGCUCAAAACUUUUCAGUUGACAGGAAUCGAUCUCGCCGGCCCAGUUUUCUUCAAAGGAAAUUUAAAGGCUUGUAUAGUAAUUUUCACGUGCGCAGUUUUUAGAGCUGUUUAUCUUGAAUUAAUCACUUCUUUGAGCACAAACGUCUUUAUAGACGCAUUUAAACGUUUUAUUUCACGAAGAGGUCGAGUUGAAGUCAUAUACUCGGACAAUGGUUCGAAUUUCAUAGGUUUAAAUAAAGCAAUGAAUGAAUUGGAUUGGGCUGAUAUCGAAAGCAGGUGUGCCUUAAUGAAAAUAAAAUGGAAAUUCAAUCCUCCCACAACGUCAUGGUGGGGAGGAUUUUGGGAGAGGUUAAUAAGAAUUUUAAAGGAUCUCCUCCGAAAAAAUUUGAGACACGCUUGUUUAGGAUAUGAAGAAUUUCUAACCCUCCUGUGCGAAGGUGAAGGCCUAAUGAACAACAGACCUUUGAUUUACCUAUCGGAGGAAGGUGAUGAUUUGUCACCGUUAAAACCUUCUAUGUUCUUACAAAACUUAAUUGGUAGUAAUGUGUAUGAUUUAUAUGAAAUUAAUUCUAUGAGCAUUAUAGAAAGAUGGAAAUAUUUACAACGAGUUAGAGAAGGACUUAGAAAUCGUUUUAGGAAGGAAUAG